UAGUUGCUUGACUGCUCCAGCUGAGUUGGUCGACUCGAGGCCAUGGCCAUGUCCGCUUCCUCCUCCUCCCGCGCCCUCCUCCGCCGGAUCGGCGGCGCGCUCCUCCGCCGCUCCUUCUCCGCCUCCGCGGAGGCGGGAGCCGACUCCGCCGCCGCCGCGGGGUACCACGUGGCGGGCGGGCCCAGCUACAUGCGCGGCGCCGUCUUCUGGGAGCCCGGGCGCCCACUCACGCUCGAGGAGUUUCAGAUGCCGCGGCCCAAGGCUGGCGAGCUCCUCAUCAAAACUAAAGCUUGCGGUGUCUGCCAUUCCGAUCUCCAUGUCAUGAAAGGAGAAAUCCCUUUCUCCAGCCCUUGUGUCGUGGGCCAUGAGAUCACCGGGGAGGUUGUCGACCAUGGCACGCACACUCCAGUUGAAAUCGUCAAUAGGUUCCCAAUUGGAAGCCAUGUUGUUGGUGCGUUCAUAAUGCCCUGUGGCAACUGCUUUUACUGUGUUAAGGGCCAAGAAGAUCUGUGUGAGUCUUUCUUUGCAUAUAACCGUGCUAAAGGAACUCUAUAUGAUGGCGAAACACGCCUGUUUCUACGCAGCAAUGGGAAACCAGUGUACAUGUACAGCAUGGGCGGGCUUGCAGAGUACUGUGUCGUGCCAGCCAAUGCUCUAGCAGUUCUCCCUCAUUCGUUGCCAUACACAGAAUCAGCAAUCUUGGGAUGUGCAGUGUUUACCGCGUAUGGUGCCCUGAGGCAUGCUGCUGAAAUGCGUGCGGGUGAUUCAGUAGCUGUGAUUGGAGUCGGAGGCGUCGGAUCAAGCUGUUUACAGAUAGCAAAAGCCUUUGGAGCUUCUGAAGUCAUCGCAGUGGAUGUUCUUGAUGAGAAGCUCCAGAAUGCUAGAACACUUGGAGCAACCCACACUGUAAACGCAGCAAAAGAGGAUGCUGUUGAAAGGAUAAAGGAAAUUACUGAUGGAAGGGGUGUGGAUGUGGCUGUAGAGGCACUUGGUAAGGCAUUGACAUUUGCCCAGUGUACAAAGAGCGUACGAGAUGGAGGCAAAGCUGUUAUGAUUGGGCUUGCUGCAACAAACGUUGUUGGGGAGGUUGAUAUAACCCGUCUCGUUCGACGACAGGUGAAAAUCAUUGGGUCAUACGGUGCAAGGGCCAGGCAAGAUCUUCCUCAGAUCGUGAAGCUCGCGGAAAGUGGUGCCUUCAACCUCCAGAACACCAUAUCGAGGAAAUGCAAGUUCGAGGAGGCAAAUGGCGCCUAUGAGGAUCUCAAUCAAGGCAAGAUCGUCGGCCGAGCUGUGAUUGAGAUCAUGGAGUGAGGACUAGAUGAUCUUGUGGUUCCAAACAUGGGUCGGACAAUAAGUGUAAUGUCAUCUGGAUUUACCAAAAUUUAUUGAUGAGAAGAUGACUAAACUAAAAAGGGAGAUGUUCAUUGUGUGCUUUUCGAUGUGUUAUUGGUUACUGAAACUGGAAUUUUCUUAUUUUUAUUUAGUUUGCCCCUUCUUGUCUCA